GCGCGCACGCGCCCCACUCCCUGCGUAUUUUUAUCCGCUUGGUAUCGGCGUGUUCAUGUUGUCGCCGCCUGCCUCUCCUUGUUCUCCCUCGUCCCCUACCAGAAAGCCCCACCCUCUUAGCCCAUGAUAAUCCAGUGGGACGAGAAGCAGCGGAAGAGUAGCCGCGGAUGAGCGGGAGUUACGAGCCACCCGAUGAUAUUGUCGCGCUCGACCGGGGGGAGAUUCGUCGGAGGUAUCGAGAUACGGCGCUCGUCAUCUUUAAGGAGCAGCAAUUACAUCAAUCACGGAGAAACGAGACGAGCGAGGGCAAAAGCAGGUCUUAUUUGAGUUUCGGUGUUAAUCGAAGAACAGUGACGUACACUAAUAAUGGUAACGAAGCUGUUGUAGUGCAUAGGACAACCUUGAAAGCCGCAAUUGAGGCGCAAGAGAAUUUACGAUUGUCUUCUCGCCUGUUGAGAAUGUACCGAAAGCCGCGCGAAAGCUGUACAAUAAGUUAACUCCAAACAAACAUUGUAUUAUCGUAUAUUUUUCACUACAAAUAGAAAUUGUAAAUUU